AUGAUGAGCUCUCGACUAACUUGUUCAGUGUUCCUCUUAGUUCUCUCUCUUUCCUUUUGUGUUUCAUUUGGAGCAUCACCCUACAUUUCCGAAGAUUUCAUAACCUGUCUUCAAUCCAAAACCAACAAUGUCACCACCUUUUCUCAACUCAUCUUCACCCCGGUUAACUCUACUUACUUACCGGUUUGGCAAGCUGCAGCCGACAGCAUUCGGUUCGACAACCCCAACAUUCGUAAACCCUCAGUCAUUGUUACUCCCACCAUCGAAACGCAGAUCCAAGCUGCUCUUUUCUGCGCCAAGAAACACGGGUACGAAAUGCGGAUCCGGGAUGGGGGGCAUGACUUCGAGGGCCUCUCUUACACCGUGGAUGUUCCGUUUGUCAUGCUUGAUCUCGUCAACAUGAGGGCUAUAGACGUCAACGUUGCAAACAGGACUGCAUGGGUCCAGGGUGGCGCUUUGCUUGGUGAACUCUACUACAUUAUUUCUCAGAAAACCGACACCUUGUAUUUUCCGGCUGGUAUUUGGGCUGGCGUGGGUGUUAGCGGGUUCUUGAGCGGUGGUGGGUAUGGAAACCUGUUGAGGAAAUACGGGCUCGGUGCUGAUAAUGUUUUGGAUGUUCGUUUCAUGGAUGUCAAUGGAAAUAUUCUUGAUAGAAAAUCGAUGGGCGAAGAUUUGUUUUGGGCGAUUCGUGGCGGCGGUGCUUCCAGUUUCGGAAUUGUUCUUGCAUGGAAGCUGAGGUUGGUUCCAGUCCCGGAAAGAGUUACUCUUUUCACGGUGAAUAUAACUCUGGAGCAAGGUGCAACGGAUAUAUUCUAUAAAUAUCAAUACGUGUUACCAAAAUUUAAUCGUGAUUUACAAAUGAGAGUUCAACUUAACACCGAAAAUGUAGGCAACACCGCCAAGAAAACCGUUCGAAUGUUGUUUAAUGGUAUUUAUCAGGGUCGUAUCGACACACUGCUCCCAUUGUUGGACCAAGGUUUCCCAGAGCUCAAUGUGACACGAGAAAUUUGCGAAGAAGUACGAAUGGUCCAGACCACCCUUCAGUUUGGAGGCUUUACCACCUCGACCCCAACCGAGAUUCUUGCGAACCGAUCAGCCAUCCCCAAGGUGAGCUACAAAGGAAAAUCAGACUAUGUGCGGACUCCGAUCCCCAAAAGCGGGCUCAGAAAACUCUGGAGAAAGAUGUUUGAAAACGACAACUCACAGACUCUCUUCAUGUACACAUUUGGUGGGAAGAUGGAGGAGUACUCAGAUACAGCACUUCCGUAUCCGCAUAGAGCUGGGGUGUUGUACCAGGUGUUCAAGAGGGUGGACUUUAUGGAUCAGCCUUCCGACAAGACUGCGAUAUCGCGCAGACGGGUAGCAUGGCUCCGAAGCUUUGACAAGACUUUGGAACCGUACGUAUCCAAGAACCCGAGGGAGGCGUAUUCGAACUACAAUGAUCUUGAUUUGGGCGUUGGAAGUGCUACUUAUGAAGAAGCAAGUGUUUGGGGAGAGCGGUACUGGAAAAAAGAGAAUUUUAAGAAGUUGAUUGGAAUCAAGGCUAAAGUUGAUCCUCAUAAUUUCUUUAAGCACCCACAAAGUAUACCAGUUUUCUCUAUACAUCUCUAAGACAUGUAGAAGAAAGUUCAGUUUCACUUAAGCUUUUGUUAUAUUUCUUUCAUUUAAAUGUAAUAAACUUUAAAUGUAAUAAACUGGUAAUAAUCAGAAGUUAAAGGUGUUUAUUCUGUCAA